UGGCUUCUUGGGCUUCGGGAGUGUUUCCCAUUUAAACAAACAGUGCCGAAGAUGGCGGAGAGUUAAUGGUGUAAAGAAGAAAUUAUCGACCCGGUAGAGCGAUACGUCCACAAGACUCCAUUGACCAGCCCACAGAGAGAGGGGAGGGGGGCGCUGAUCGUCCAUCAUCUCGGGCGCCGUCACAAGGGGCUGAUAUGUGUUCACGAUGAGCGGACUGGGGGAGAACUCCAUGGAGCCUCUGAGCUCAGAAAACCGGAAACGCAAGCUCUCCACUUGCGAGACGCCGGGUCUGGGGUGUGACAGGAAGCGACGGGAACAGGAGAGCAAAUACAUAGAAGAGCUAGCAGAGCUGAUCUCGGCCAACCUCGGCGACAUCGACAGCUUCAACGUCAAACCAGACAAAUGUGCCAUCCUCAAAGAGACGGUGCGCCAGAUCCGCCAGAUCAAAGAGCAGGGAAAAGCUUCAUCCAACGACGACGACGUCCAGAAGUCAGACGUGUCCUCGACGGGUCAGGGGGUCAUCGACAAGGACCACUUGGGGCCGCUCCUGCUGCAGGCUCUGGACGGCUUCCUGUUUGUGGUGAACCGGGAAGGCAGCGUGGUGUUUGUGUCGGACAACGUGACGCAGUACCUGCAGUACAAGCAGGAGGAGCUCAUCAACACCAGCGUCUACAAUAUUCUCCAUGAGGACGACAGGGAGGAGUUCCACAAGAACCUGCCUAAGACCAACAUAAAUGGAGUGUCGUGGGGAAGCGAGGCAGCCCGACAGAAGAGUCACACCUUCACUUGCCGGAUGCUGGUCAAGUUUGGCCACGCACACGGACCCAUGGAGGAGGGGCCAGGAGGGCCGCGCUACGAGACCAUGCAGUGUUUUGCUCUUACCCAGCCCAAGGCCAUGAUCGAGGAGGGGGAAGACCUGCAGUCAUGUAUGAUCUGUGUGGCCCGUCGGGUGACAGCCAUGGAGAGAACGGAGAGCUUCAACACUCGGCAUGAGCUCUCAGGUAAACUGAUCCAGAUCGACCAGAACUCUCUGCGGGCGUCGAUGCGUCCGGGCUGGGAGGAUUUGUUGAGGCGUUGCAUUCAGAUGUUCCUGCAGCACAGUGACGGGCAGCCCUGGUCGCACAAACGCCACUACCAUGAGGCCUUCCUGCAGGGUCACGCUGAGACUCCCUUGUACCGCUUCUCCCUGUCCGACGGCACUCCAGUCACAGCCCAGACCAAGAGCAAACUGUACCGGCACCCAAUGAGCAACGAGCCGCAGGGAUUCAUCUCCACACACCUUCUACAGAGGGAACCCAGCGGCUACCGCUCAGCUCAGGGGGGAAACAUGAUGCCGAACACCAUGAGACCACAGGGCAUAGUAGGCCCAAACCCCAAUGCCCAAAUGAACAUGAACACCGGUGGGGGGAUGGGCAUGGGGGGCAUGAGCAGGGGCUUCGGCAUGAACGAGCAGGGCCACAUGGGUCACAUGGGUCCGAUGGGAGGCAGCUCUAUGUACGGAGGCAGCGGUGGCGGCGGAGGAAGUGGAGGUGGAGGCAUGGGCAGCCGCAUGAUGCAGAUGAAUCACAUGGGGCAGAUGAAUCAGGGGGGGCACAUGAAUCAGAUGGGUCCCAUGAAUCACCCGGGCCAAGGCAUGCAGCAGCACCCACAGCAGCCCCCGUUUCAGAGCAGCGGGGGGUUCGGGCUAAGCGGCAUGAACAGCCCUUCAGGAAGCCCCAGAAUGGGUGGCCCCCAGCCGGGACUCCUGAUGUCCCCCCGAAACAGAGGGAGCCCAAAGAUGGGCGCGAAUCAGUUCUCACCUGGAGGUAUGCACUCUCCCAUGAGCGGCAUCGUCAGUGGUGGAGGAAGUGGAGGAAGCACCACCACCUUCUCCAGCAGCUCCUUAAACGCCCUACAAGCGAUCAGUGAAGGAGUCGGCAGCUCCCUCCCCUCCACCCUAACGUCCCCCUCGCCAGCCCACAAACCAGACAGCUCGCCCAGCAUCCACUCUUCCUCUCAGCCAAGCCAGCCGCCCAAACCGGGCCCAGACGGCUCCAAAAGCCCAGCGGGAGGCUUGGGGCCCGGCGACCAUCACCACCCCAUGCACCAUCACCACCCUCAUCAGCACCCUCAGGCUGAGAGUUCUGCAGACCGACCCGACAACCAGGCAGCUACAGCGACUAAAGAGUCUGCAGAGGGAAGCAACGAUGCGGGGGUGGCGAGCACUGAACCCUCUCGGAGGUUGCCGGACAGUAAGGGGCAUAAGAAGCUGCUGCAGCUGCUGACCUCUCCGACCGAGGAGCUGGGGAUAGGUGGCGGCGGGUCAUCAGGGCCGCCUGUACCUCCUCCACCAGCCAGCAGCAGCACUCCUGCAGGCUCAGACAGUAAAGACCCCACUGGAGGCAUGACGAGCCCCUCCUCGACUGGAGUCUCCUCUUCAUCAACCGGUGCCAAUCCGGGCCAGGCGACCGGGCCAGGGGCUUUGGCAGCAUCACUUUCCUCAGCGCACUACACUGGCUCCCUGCAAGAAAAGCACAAGAUCCUCCACAAGCUUCUUCAAAAUGGAAACACUCCAGAUGACGUAGCUAAGAUCACAGCCGAGGCCACGGGGAAGGUGACGCUCGGGGGCCAGGAGGGCGGCGAGGCAGGAGGAGGGGCAGGGGCCGGGCCGGGGAUGGUCACGGAGCCCAAGCAGGAGCAGCAUAGCCCCAAGAAGGAGAAGACCCACGCCCUCCUCCACUACCUUCUCAACAAGGAUGACUCCAAAGAGCCAGUGGAUGUCAAGCCCAAACUGGAGGAUCUAGAUGUGAAGGGAGCCCCGGGGGCCGCUGGCGGUCCCGCACGGGGUGGACCUGGAUCUGCACCCGAACAUCCUGAGAGCAAGAUCAAGUCAGAACCACCGGAUGAUUUGCAUAACCUGGAGUCUAUCCUCGGAGAUUUGAGGGGUUCAAGCUCUGACUUUUACCCGGAUCAGAGCGGAGGUGGAGGGGCGAACGACACAGGAAGCAAACCCCAGGGUUGCCUUGACGACAGCCUGCAGGGAAAUGCCGGAAUGGGCCCGGGGCCUCGGGGUCCCUUCCAGAGGGCCAUGUCCAUGGAUGGGAAGCCUCCUGCCGGGCCUGUGGGAGCGGGAAGACGCCCCAUGCUCAUCAAGCAGGAGAACAUGAUGGGCAGCCCGGACGGCUACCCAGGAAACAUGGGACCAAUGAACAGGGGCAUGGUUCCCCAGCGGUCGCCCAUGGGGGGGUCAGCGGACUGGGGCAUGUCCCGCUCAGGUGCCAGCCCUGUGGGUUCAGCAGGACACCCCUCCAUGAUGCGUCCCGGCAUGGAGUACAGCAACAGCAAGGGCAUGAUGUCAGGACCCAUGAUCGGCCGCUCCAACAGCGUACCGGGCACCAGGUCCAUGCUGCAGCAACAGCUGAUGGAUAUGGGAAGCUCUGCCGACAUGGGGAUGGGGAUGAGCCCCUUCAGUCAGCAGGGCCAGCCCAACCAGUCCUCCUCCUGGCCCGACGCCAUAAUGAGCAUGGACGGUACCAGACGACAGUUUGGAAACGUCUUAGAUGAUCUCCUGGUGCCUCCCACCACCAGUGAGGGUCAGAGCGACGAGCGGGCGCUUCUGGACCAGCUGGACUCUCUGCUCAACAACACGGACGGCAUCGCUCUGGAGGAGAUCGACCGAGCGCUGGGUAUCGCAGACCUCGUCAGCCAGAACCAGGGAAGUGAGCAGCAGCUGGAGUCUUUUCCAGGGCAGGACCCGUCCAUGGUGCUAGAUCAGAAGCCCCUCUAUGGACAGGGCUACCCCGGACCCCCCACCAUGCCCAUGCAGUCUGGCUAUGGAGGGAACCCCAUGCAGGGCCAGGCCCAGCAGGGGGGGUUCGGGCCCAUGCUGUCUCAGAUGGGCCAAGGUGGGAGCUUCCCUGGAAUGGGUGGGAUGGGCGGCAUGGGUCACCCUCGUGCCAACAUGAUGAGACCCAGGAUGAUGACUGCCAACAAGCCCAUGAGGCUGCAGCUGCAGCAGAGGCUGCAGGGCCAGCAGUUCAUGAAUCAGACACGGCAGGGCAUGGGCAUGAAGAUGGAGAACCCAGGAGGAAACCCUGGCAUGAGGCCAGGCAUGCAGCCUGGCAUGGGAGGACAGCCGGGCUUCAUCAACGCUCAGAUGAUGGCUCAGCGCAGCAGGGAGAUGGUCACCAUGCAGAUGAGGAGGCAGCGGAUGAUGAUGCUGAUGCAGCAGCAGCAGGCCGCCGCCGCCGCAGCCGCCGCGGGGGGGUUCAGUCCUCCUCCAAACGUCACGGCUCCUGGGGGCAUGGAGAGCCCGAUGGGGGGGCCGACCAUGGGCCAGCCGGGGCCGCAGCAGUUCGGCUACGGGGGGAGCUAUGGGAUGGGCCAGCAGGGAGACCCCUCGUUCGGCCCAGCAGGCGGCAGUCCUCCUAACGCCAUGAUGCCCGGCCGCCUGGGGCCUCCGAACCCCAUGAUGCAACAGCACCCGCAGGGCGGUCCCAUGUACCAGGGGGCGGAAAUGAAAGGCUGGUCGCAGGGAGGCAUGGGACGCACCAGCUCGUACCCUCAGCAGCAGUUUGGGCAGCAGGGACCUCCAGGGCAGCAGCAGUUUGGGCAGCAGGGGAACCCGGGCCAGUAUGGGGGCAUGAUGAUGAACGGGGGGAUGCCAGCCAGCGGAGGAGGAGGUCACAUGGGCCAGAUGGGAGGGCAGAUGGGAAUGAACCCCAUGGUGAUGGGACGCAUGCCGAUGGGGCCUGAUCAGAAAUACUGCUGAGCAUCGUGACAGGAGCAUGUGUCUCGCUGUGACAGGACACGGCUGCAGCCCUGGAGUGUGUGUGUGUGGAGGAGCAGGUGUUGUGUGUCUGUGUGCAGUGCUGCACACCCACCAGACGGGGGGGGUGAACUUCCUUUGGACUCAUGGCCAGUAAUCAGUCUGGCAACCUGAGGGAAAGCAGACAGACUGUCACACACAUAUGUUAAAACAUGCAGCGUUCAUGAAAAUCAGAAACACUGUGAUACAUUUACAUUAAUCCUCAGACAGCUCUGUCAUUCCCCAGUUGUAGUUUAAUAUUCCUCUCUUUAUGAUCGGUGUGUGCGUCUCGGUAAACACAAACCGCUCCCUGGACCAAACCGUGAAGGUGGACAGACACUCGAGCAGAUCACACUGCGACUUGGACGAAAGUGUUAAGACAUCCUCUCCUCUGUCGAAUGUACCAUGCAGCUGUGUUCAGAUUCAAAAUGUGGGAUUCCUCUCUUGUUUCUGAACUCUGUGGGAUUUUCUUCCCCCGCCAUCCCUCCACUGCUCCUGGAGGAUCCCUAAAGUAAACGUGGUUCAAGAUGAAGAGACAUCAGAUUGUGACACUCAGAUGAAUGUCAUUAGGCAGUAGCACAUUGUUUCCUUCUCCAGGACGCCGCUCAAGUACGAGUGAAUUACUUGUUGGCUGAUUGCACUUUAAGGAAAGGCUAACAUCAAAAGGAUUGUGGCAAUACAGAGGCCUUUACCCAAGAAUUAAUGCAUUUCAGCAGUUGUUUAUUUUGGUGUGUGUGUGUGUGUGUGUGUGUGUGUGUGUGUGUGUGUGUGUGGUGUGUGUGUGGUGGUU